AUGCAAAAACAAAGCCGAACGAGACGGACGUGUGUAACGGUCGAUGCGAGCGAGCGUAAUUCGUGAUUCCCUAAUUCUCCGGCCUGUGUUUUUGUGUGCAUUUUUUUCGCGUUGUUUGUUUCUUUUGCUCGUUGCAAAUAAAAUAAAUAAUAAUUCUGAACGCGUCCCCGUCGCGACUAUAUAUUAUCAUACACGAUAUAUUCGGUUUCGGUUGCAACAACAAACAAUAAAUAUUGCAAAUUUUUUCGUUCAGCGGCGAAAGCAACGCGUGCAGUUGGAAAACAAUUUGCGUGUGUGUGCGUGUGUAUGUGGGGACGGUUGCCUCAGUCAUAUUUGGGGGUCCAUGCAAAUCAAAACAUGGCGGUACAACAACAACGGCUGACAGCAAUAACGAUAUCAGCGAGAACGACAUCAAAUUUAACGCAGCACAACAACAGGCACGUUGACAACAACAAGCUGAAGGAUACGCAGCAGCAGCAUAAGCAACAGCACAGUGUGCCACAGACAACAAUUACGACAUGCAGAGCGACGCGACACAAGUAAUUGAAUGAGAGUCGAGCGCAGAAGCAGAAUCAGAAUCAGAACGACAAAGUCGAAAAGGAAAUUGAAAAAGGAACGCAAAGAAAAUAACUGUAGUUGCAGCAAUAGCGAAACUCUUACGAAACGUGAAUAACGAAAUUUGCACAAAAAAAAAGGCAAAAAGAAAACAAUUUUUGGGGGGAAAGAACAGCGACAAGACGGAAAAAUUAAUUUAAAUAAAUAAAAUAAAAAUUAAAGAAAAAAAAACAAAAAACAAAAUAAAAGCAAACUGCGCGCCUGCGCAACAGCAACAAAAUAUUUAGAAAGUUAAUAAGCUAAAAAAAAAAAAAUAUACGACAACAAAAUUUGAAGAGUGCAGAAAUCGACGUAUUUUAUUUUAUUUUAUUUUAUGUGCUAAGUGUUGUGCAGUGACAACAAGAAUAACAAUCACAAAAUGGAGCAAAUCACGCAAUAUUUUGAGCACAUGGAUUACGUGUCCUUUGGCGUUAUAGCGCUUCCCUGCGUUAUUAUCGCCGUCUACGGAUUCCUGCAAGUGGCCAGCGGACUUGCCAAAGGCAAAAAUGACAAAAUGCAGCGCUACAACAACAAUGGCAACAACAACAACAGCGGUGGCAAGCGUUGCACACAGAAAUAUGCCAAUGGCAACAUAGCAGCUGGCACAACAGCUGGCAAUGCCACAGCAGCAACAGCUGCAACAGCAGCAGCAGCAGCAACAAUUGCCAACAGUUAUCAACAGACUAACAGCAACAACAACAACAACAGUGGCAGCAAGAGCAACAAUGCAACACGCAAGGCUCGCUACAACAACCACAACAACAACAACAAGCGGCAUGAAGCUGGAAAUGCCGCCUACAACUUGCAACAGAAGCGAUCGAAUGUUGUCGCUGCCGGCGCCGAUGCACAGUCCUGGCAUCGCUUCGUAACUUCUUCAUGCAUCGAAGAGAAAUUUCUGGGGCAGCACAAUCCGGGGCAUCGGAAUAGCACCAGCAGCGAGGCGACCAGCGAGGACAUCAACUCGAGUGACGAGCACUCGGGCAAGUCGAAGUCGAAUCGCUCAGGCUCAGGCGGUGCUAACGGAGGAAGUGGAAGUGGCAACAAUGCAGCUGCUGGCGGUGGCAACAACAGCGGUGGCAAGUCGCGCUCGAAGCGACAGCAGAAGGCGCAGUCAGCGUUCAAGCAGUCGCUGAACAGGACACCAGCCAUGGUGCCGGGGCAAGUACAGGGGCAGCAGUCACAGGUGCAGCAGCAGCCACUGGAGCAGCAGGCGACAGCCAAGGCGAGUGGCGGCAAGUGCAGCAGCAGCAGCAGCAAGCAGGGCAAGUGGCGCAACAGCGCCAGCUGCAACAGCGGCGGCAAUCAAAAGCGUGGCAGCAGCAGCAGCAGUGGAAGCAACAACAAGUCGAAGCAAACGAAAUGCCAAAGCGGCGGCGGCAACGGCAAACCAGCUGGCAACAACCACCACAGCGGCAGCAACCACAACAGCAACAACCACCACCACAGCAGCAACAGCAAUGUGAACAGCUUGACCAAAUCGAGUGGCAACUACAGCAGCAGCAGCGGUGGCAGCAACUCCUCAUCGGCGCUUAGCUCGCCGGGCAGUUCACCCAACAGCAGCAGCAGCAGCGGCAACAGCAGCAGCCACAGCUUGAACAGCACAGCAGCAACCAGCAGCUGGUCGCGCAACCAACACAAGAUUUACAGACAGAAUGCGAACUUCUUGGUGCCACCAUUGAGACAAUACGAACACAUCGAACUCGAUGAUGCGGCGCUGCAACAGCAACUGCAACGCUAUCUCAUUGAACCGCAUCUGUUGCGCGUUUACGGCUUUCCCGUCGAGAGCGUUGUCCACGAGGGCGCCAUCGAGAUCUUCAAGUGUUUGCCGCACAUGAGUUUCGCUGCAGCGCAUUGCAUGGCCGUCACCGAAACGGUGAUGACCGUGAUCAAUUGCCACGACGGUCUCAACACCAACAACUUUGAGGAGGAGCCAACGAGCAGCAGCAGCCUCAGCAGCGGCAGCGGCAACGAGGCGAGCACAUCCACCGAUUCGGGCAACAUUUCGCCGCGUUCCCUUGACUCGGAAUCGGCCGGGGAAUGGAGCGGCAGUGAAUGCGAAUCAUCGAACGAACUCUAUUGCAACUACGAUGCAGCACCCGAAGAGGAACGCAGUUUGGCCAAGCAAUGUGUGCGCUGCAAACAGGAUUUCCUCGUCGAUGAGCUGAGCGGACAGUAUUUGACCCGUGACGAGUGCAGCUAUCAUUGGGGCAAGUAUCAUCGGUGCUACGAUGGCAGCGCCUGGGUCAGUCGCUGGACCUGUUGCAGUUCGAGUGAUGAGAGCGACAUCGGUUGCACUCGGCAUGAGUUGCACGUGUGGACCGGAUCGGUGGUCGGUGUGAAUGGUCCGUAUCGGGACUUUGUCCACACACGACCUCGGGCCAACGCUAACGGCAACGCCAACGGACAGACGCAAACGCGAGCUGUCUAUGCGCUCGACUGUGAGAUGAGCUACACGGGUCGCGGUCUCGAUGUGACCAAGGUGUCGCUGGUUGCUCUCAAUGGGCAGCUGGUGUACGAGCAUUAUGUGCGACCCGAUGCGGACAUUGUCGAUUACAACACACGCUAUUCGGGUGUGACGGCCAAGGAUCUCAAGUCGUGCGGCGUCAAGACGCUCGCCGAAGUGCAACGCGAUCUGCUCGAGCUGAUCGAUGCGGACACCAUACUGAUUGGCCAUGGGCUCGACAAUGAUUUGCGCGCCCUGCGUCUGGUGCACAACACACUGAUCGACACAUCGAUCGCUUUCCCCCAUUCCAGCGGCUUUCCGUAUCGUCGUGCGCUCCGCCAUCUGACCAAAACGCAUUUGAAUCGCGAGAUUCAGAGCGGCGACGGCGCCACCGGGCACAGCAGCUUCGAGGAUUCGCGCGCCUGCAUGGAGCUGAUGCUGUGGCGUGUACGCUGCGAACUCGACUCCGAUGGCAGCUGGGAGGAUUAGGCCGGAGCAGCUGAGACGGAGCCGGAAUUGAGGAUGUGCUGAUGGGUGGGUAAAAAUGGGGACAAUGGGGGAGAGGGGAUGAAAAUAUAUAUAUAUAUAUGUGUGUAUAUGGGGGACAUCCUUGGCAUCAGCAGCGCAGAUAGGAACGGGGUGAGGGAGGGGACGGGGAGAGGGAGAGGGAGGCCAGCAAAGUACUUGUGUAGUCUGUAAGCCGUUUCGCAUAGUAUGUAUGUAGUUUUUAGAUUUGUUUCGAGAUCGCGUCUCCUUCACAAAACAACAACAAGAGUGUCGAAAUCCAGAAGAAAAAAAAGAGAAAAACCGAAACCAAAACCUGAGGAGAGAGCAAGAAAAGAAACGCCCAAAAACAGAAAUGACAAAAUGAUGUUGCUUAUCGAUAAAAAAAAAAGAAAAGAAGACGAACAGAAAAGAAAAGAAAGAAAACAAAGGAAAAGAAAAACGCGACAAUUGAUGAUAUAUAAUUACAGUAGACAUGCAUACAAGAUAACAACAACAACAACAACAAAGAGAACUCUUGACCAUCUGACGUGUAUCGAUGUGUAUAUGUGUAUGCAUGUAUCUCCGUACAUACAUAUACACAUACACAUUUACACACACAUCAAUUACGAUUUGUAAGCAUAUAUUUAUAAAGAAAUUAUAUACACACACACAUUUUGUUUUUUUUUUUUUGUUUUGGUUUUUUUUUUAUUAUUAUUAAUUAAUUUUGUUUUCGAACCACAAGAAAAAUGUACUGAAGUUUUAGCUGUGAUGUUUUUUUCACUUUCUCACAUAUUUACAAACAACAAACAAACAAAAAAAAGAAAAUACAAAAUACAAUACAAAAAGAAAAUGCAAAAAAAGAA